GGGAGAAGAAAACAAAAAAGUAAAUAACGACCUCUAGGAUCUUUCCUUGUUCCGCGUAAUAUUAAAUCUCUACCUAUAAAAUUAAAUAGGCCAACCCCCUCACUGGCCUCUAUCCCUAACUUGUUUAGCUUUGCGUUCUUCUAAUUGGCCGAAAAUAUCGAUCGCCGUCGUGGACAUAAACGGAAACUAUACCGGAAAAUGUUGCUGGGAAAGCUAGUGGAUGCACUGACGCCGGCGGCGCAGAAGAAGACGGUAAAAGGAACGGCGGUUUUGAUGCGGAAGAAUGUUUUGGACUUGAACGAUUUCAACGGCUCUAUUGUUGACAAUAUCUCUGAUAUUCUGGGCCAAAAGGUGUCCAUAGAAUUCAUCAGUUCUGCUCAGCCCAGUUCUGCUUCUUCCACUGGAAAUGGACUAACAGGAAAGCACAGCAAGGCAUCCAACUUGGAACACUGGCCGCUCCACAACACUCUUUUAGCCUCUGGCGAGUCGGCGCUCCAUUUUGAUUUCGAAUGUACAGAAGAUUUUGGGGUUCCAGGAGCAUUCAUCAUCGAGAACAAUCACCCCAAUGAGUUCUUCCUCAAAACCGUAACCCUCGAAGAUGUUCCUAAUCAUGGCCCACUCCACUUUGUAUGCUUCUCUUGGGUCUACCCUGCCAGUAAGUACAACUAUAAGCGCGUCUUCUUCGCAAACCAGGCUUAUCUACCCAGUGAAACGCCUGCCCUGUUGAAGCAAUAUAGAGAUGAAGAAUUAGUGAACUUGAGAGGAACAGGAACUGGCGAGCUUAAAGAAUGGGAUAGAGUGUAUGACUAUGCUUACUAUAAUGAUCUUGGUGAGCCAGACAAAGGUCCAGAAUAUGCUCGGCCAGUUCUGGGUGGGAAUUCAGAGUAUCCUUAUCCUCGACGAGGAAGGACGGGCAGAUCACCAACAAAAACAGAUCCUAAUACUGAGAGUAGGAUUCCCCUUAUUUCGAGCUUGGAUAUAUAUGUUCCCAGGGAUGAGAAAUUCGGACACGUGAAAUUGUCUGACUUUCUUACUUAUGCUUUGAAAUCUCUGGUCCAGUUCCUUCUCCCCGAAUUCCAGUCUCUGAUUGAUUCUACACCAAAUGAGUUUGACACCUUUCAAGAUAUACUUGACCUGUAUGAAGGAGGGAUUAGACUGCCGCAAGGGAACUUGCUCAAAGCCCUCACAGAUAACAUUCCUAUUGAGAUCCUGAAAGAAAUUCUCCGUAGUGAUGGGGAGGGACUCUUUAAGUUCCCAACCCCACAAGUUAUCAAAGAGGAUAAAACUGCCUGGAGGACGGAUGAAGAAUUUGGAAGAGAAAUGCUUGCUGGAGUGAACCCUGUCAUCAUUAGUCGCCUCCAAGAGUUCCCACCAAAAAGCAAACUAGAUCCUAAUGUUUAUGGUGACCAGGCCAGUAAAAUUACCAAAGAGCAUAUCCAAGACAACUUAGAUGGUCUUUCAGUUGAGGAGGCAAUCAAGACUAACCGGCUAUUCAUAUUGAAUCACCAUGACACGCUUAUGCCAUAUUUGAGGCGCAUAAACUCAACAAGUAACAAAAUAUAUGCCUCAAGAACCUUGCUUUUCUUACAAAAAGAUGACACUUUAAAACCUCUAGCAAUUGAACUUAGCUUGCCGAAUCCGCUCGGAGAUGAAUUUGGUGCUGAAAGCAAAGUGUACACACCAGCUGAACAAGGGGUUAAAAAUGGAUUAUGGCAAUUAGCUAAAGCUUAUGCAGCUGUGAAUGAUUCAGGUGUUCAUCAACUACUCAGCCAUUGGUUGAACACACAUGGAGUAAUUGAGCCAUUUGUAAUAGCAACUAAUCGGCAAUUGAGUGUGCUUCACCCAAUACAUAAGCUUCUACAUCCCCAUUUUCGUGACACAAUGACUAUCAACGCUUUGGCUCGCCAGAUCUUGAUUAAUGCUGGUGGAGUUCUUGAGAAGACAGUUUUCCCUGGAAGAUAUGCCAUGGAAUUGUCAGCCGUAGUUUACAAGGAUUGGGUAUUUACUGAUCAAGCACUCCCAAUUGAUCUUGUUAAGAGAGGUGUGGCUGUUGAAGACUCAAGUUCUCGGCAUGGUGUUCGGCUGCUAAUCGAGGACUACCCAUAUGCUGUUGAUGGGCUAGAAAUAUGGUCAUCUAUCAAGACAUGGGUCAACGAGUAUUGCAUGUUGUAUUACAAAUCAGAUGACAUGGUUCAGAAAGAUACUGAACUCCAGGCUUGGUGGAAGGAACUUAGAGAGGAAGGACAUAGGGAUUUGAAAGACAAGCCAUGGUGGCCUAACAUGCAGACAGUCCAGGAGCUGAUCGACUCAUGUACCAUUAUUAUCUGGAUAGCUUCUGCCCUUCACGCCGCAGUUAACUUCGGUCAAUAUUCUUAUGCUGGUUAUCUCCCGAACCGCCCAACAUUGAGCCGCAGAUUCAUGCCGGAGCCUGGAACAGAUGACUAUAAGGAACUUGAAGUUGACCCGGAUAAGGUUUUCUUAAAAACAAUUACUCCCCAGCUGCAGACGUUGCUCGGUGUUUCCCUUAUUGAGAUCCUGUCAAGGCACACUUCAGAUGAAUUGUACCUAGGGCAGAGAGAGUCCCCUGAGUGGACAAAGGAUCAGGAAGCACUUGAUGCAUUUGCACGAUUCGGAAAUAAGUUGGGUGUUAUUGAAGAUAGCAUUAUGAAAAUGAACAUGGAUGUAAAGCUGAGGAACAGGACAGGACUUGUGAAAGUGCCGUAUACCUUACUCUUCCCUACAAGUGAAGCCGGUCUCACCGGCAGCGGCAUUCCAAACAGUGUCUCGAUGUAGAUGGAGCUUCCGAAUUCUGUAUGUAUGAUUACAUUUGGAUUGUUGAUAUGUGUCAUUAUUUCUUCAAUAAAUUUAUCUCAGAGCGGAUUACACAUGUUCUUGUGUGAUCCGUCUGAUAAACACCUUCAUUUGCACUGUGAUUAUAAGGCUAAAUAAUUGAGUUAAGAAUGAAUGUGGCUGGGAAUUGAGUUGAGAAUGGAUCUCUCUUUAGAAGAGUUGUGUUAGUAGCUGUAUAUUUCCCUUUCGUUUUACAUUUAAGACUGAUGUACGGAGUAUAUAAUAAGAAAAUCAUUCUUGAUAAGGAGAAGGUAUUCCGUAAAAAGGGGUUUUCAAUUUCUCCAGUAUACUCCUUUUAAACUUAAUCCCGUCUCUGUUGGUGUUAUGUUCAUUUUAUCAAGAAAGAGGAACCAUUAUGUUGAUGAACACAUAUAAAGCUACAUUAAUUCAGAAAACUCAUUUGUGAUU